CCGUAGAUAUUCUUCCGAGAUCUUGGGGAAGAACUUCCUCCGUGCAGUCACAGCGGCAUAUGUAACCACUUAACGUGGUACUUCGCACCAUCUCAAGUCCAUUUUAUGUUCACACCCAGCCUUAAAAAUGCUACUUGCCGCUUUACCGAGUAGGGUCAAGCUCCUUUCUGGACGUUCGUUGGCGUUUACCGCCGCUCGGUUGUGUUCUGCUGGCCCUGCAGCCGCCAACCCGGUCGUCUACUUUGACAUUGCAGCUGACAACCAGCCCGUCGGAAGAGUCACAUUCGAGCUGAAUGCAGAUGUUGUGCCCAAAACAGCAGAGAAUUUUAGAGCACUGUGCACAGGAGAACAUGGUUUUGGCUACAAGGGAUCCAUCUUCCACAGGAUCAUCCCUCAGUUCAUGUGCCAGGGGGGAGACUUCACUAAUCACAAUGGAACCGGAGGGAAAUCUAUCUACGGACUCAAAUUCAAAGACGAGAACUUCGAACUGAAGCACACGGGACCUGGCAUUCUGUCAAUGGCCAACGCUGGGCCCAACACCAACGGCUCCCAGUUCUUCAUCUGCACCGACAAGACCGAGUGGCUGGAUGGCAAACAUGUUGUGUUUGGCAGCGUGACCCAGGGACUGGAUGUGAUCAGGAAAGUGGAGAUGUUCGGCUCUCGUUCGGGGCGUACCUCCAAGAGUAUCACCAUCGCGGACUGUGGAGAGCUUAAGUAGUCUGGGAGUCCCAAAUUGUACCCUAUUCCCUAUAUAGUGCACGACCACGAAGCGGCCAUGAUGGUUUCUAAUAGCCUGGUGUGAUUAUAAUUUUUUAAAUUUAAUUUGUAUUGUUGGACAUAAAAGACCUAAAAACAC